GAAAAAAGAGGAAUUCUCUAAAACCUCAGUUAAUUUCGUCAAUGGUGAGUUAGCGUAGUUCAACCUGUGAAAGUAACGAUCCGUGUAGCUUUUGGGAGCACGAAACAUCAGGUAUUCCGGCGCCCUUCUCCCAACAGUUGGUUCAAUUCCGAAGCGUCUCUUAAUAUUGCAUCCAAACUGUUCGACAUAUUGCCGCACCGGCCACCAGAGUACAAAAAAAAAAAAGAAAAUGAGCAAGCGGCCUCCUCCCGAUCCGGCGGCGGUUCUCAGAGGCCACCGCGCCUCCGUCACGGAUAUUUGCUUCCACCCAUCAAAGAACAUCCUAUUCACCGGCUCCGCAGACGGCGAACUCCGCAUCUGGGACACGUUACAGCACCGCACGAUUUCAUCCUCAUGGGUCCACAGCGCAGCUCACGGUGUAAUAAGCAUCGCCGCCGCUGAAGAAAACAGAGUGAUCACUCAGGGAAGGGACGGAGCUAUCAAGAACUGGGAUAUAGGAGAAGGCACCGCCAUCUCUCGAACCCCACUCACCACUAUCAAAACUAAUUCCUACCACUUUUGCAAGCUCUCACUCAUAAACAACAAUCAUAACAAUAAUCAUGUCGCCGUAGCUGGAGAAGAUUUGUCGGCGGUCGAAAUCUGGGAUAUUAAUAGAGCCGAAAAGCUCGUAAAACUGAGCUCCUCAAAUUCUUCGAGAGGAAUGUGUAUGGCAGUUCGAGGUUUUGAGUUGCAAGGGUACGUAAAUGUUGUGUCUGGAUACGAAGAUGGAUCGAUGGCUUUGUGGGAUUUAAGGAAUCCGGCUUUACCGGUGACUAGUAUGAAAUUCCACUCGGAGCCCGUUUUGAGUUUGUGCAUAGACAGUUCAUGUGGAGGUGGGGUUUCUGGUUCUGCAGACGAAAAAAUUGUGAUUUUUAAAUUGGAUGCUUCGACGGGUUCUUGUUUGGUAAAGAGAGAGAUUGUCUUGGAGAGAGGUGGAAUUUCGGGAACUUCGAUUAGGCCCGAUGGUAAAAUUGUUGCUACUGCAGGGUGGGAUCAUAGGGUGAGGGUAUACGACUAUCGAAAGGGGAAUGCUUUGGCUAUAUUGAAAUAUCAUCAUGCGAUUUGUAAUGCGGUCUCGUUUUCGGAUAAUUGUAGAUUGAUGGCUUCGUCUUCGGAAGAUACUACUGUUGCUUUGUGGGAAAUUUAUCCUCCUUCGACGAACUGAAAUCAGACUUCCAUUGAAUUCUUGAUUAUUGUUUGCGUCAUAUUUAUUGUGUAAUCUGCACCAAGUUUAUGGUGAA